AUGGCCUCGUCGGCGGCCGCCGUGCCCGCCUCCGUGGCGGGCCCCCCGAGCCUGGAGCUCGUGCUUGCGACGAAUGAGUCGAUCACGAUCGAGCUCGACCCCCUGCCGGCGGCUGACGAGCUGGAGGUCGUGGUCGAGGUGCUCGUCGAGGAAAAGCCGCCCGCGUACUUUUGGACGGCCCUCGCGGCGCGGUGCUGGAACGCAGGGCGCCGCGCCGAGGCGGAACUGAUCGUGUCGCGCGGCUGCAGCAUCCUGCCCGUGCACCGCCCCGAGGAGAGCGCGCCUGUGCUGGCCCUGCAGGCCGCCUUCCUCCUCGCCGACGCACGCGGCGCGCCGAAGCAGGUGCUCGACGAUGCGCGGUACCAGCCGCUCGGCGCCACGGCGCCCAAGCAGCACUACUUCCGGCAGGCCGCUGAGGCGCUCAGCCGCGCCCAGAGCCUGCACCCCCAGCACCCCCUGCUCCUCCAGGCGCGCGCCGUGCUCGCGCUUGUGACGGGCGACAGUGCCCUGGCGGCCAAGCUGUUCGACGUGCUGCUUGCGCGCACGCCCGAGCACAUAGUCGCGUUGCUCGGCCGCGCGUGCUUGCAGCUGCGCGCGCGCCAGCCCCUCGCGGCGCUGCAGACAUACCAGCACGCGCUGCGCCUCGUCGUGCGGGUGCACCAGAGCGGUGCGCGGUGGCCGGGGCCGGAUCCGCGCGUCGGCAUCGGCCUGUGCCUCUGGGCGCUCGGGCGCCACGACGCCGCGCGCCGCGCAUGGCACCGCGCGGCCGCCGUCGACCCCGACGCGUCCGCACCGCGCCUGCUGCUCGGCCUCGCGCUCGUCCACGCCGCGAAGCAGACGAGCGCGCUGCCGUCCGGUUUCUACGGCGCCGCGACCGAGCGCGCCGACGACGCGGCGCGCCGCGCGGCGUACGCCGAUGGCCUCGUGCACCUCCAAGCGGCGUGGCAGCGCGACAAGACGUGCGCGAUGGCCGCCGUGGCGCUCGCCGCGCACCUCUCGACGCAGACGGCACAUGCGCUCGCCGCGCAGCUGCCGCCCGCGCACGACAUGUCGACGCCGAUGCAGGCGCUCUCGGGCGACGACGCGACGCUCGCGCGCGCGCUCAAGCUGAGCGAGCACGCCGUGCAGUACGCCGACGCGCGCUCCGUCGUCGUCCAUGCGUGGCUGCAGUUUGCGCUCGCGCUGCACGCCGCGUCGCGCCUCCCCCAGCACGCGGGCGACCACAGCCUGGGCCUGCUCGCGCAGCGGUACUACGCGCGUGCGCUCGAGGCGCUCGCACGCACGCCCAGCGACGAGCAGACGCACCCCCUGACCCAGGGCCUCGCGCUCACGGCGCUCUCGUUCGCGCAGCUGCAGGUAUCGGCGCGCGACGUGCUCGGCGCGCUGCAGACGCUCGACGUGGUCCUGACGCGCCCGGCCGCGUCGACCGCGUGCGCGAGCGAGCUGGCGCUCCUGGCGGGCCUGCUGCUCGCGAGUCCUGCGCCAGGCACGGAGCCGGCGGACGCCGCGCAGCAGCAGCGGCGCGCGCGCCAGCUGCUCGACCGCGUGCUGCGCACGUCCGCCGAGGCACAGGCGCUCCUCGCGCCGGAUGCGGCCGGCGAAGGCGGCGCGCUCGAGGCCGAGCGCCUCGCGCCGAUGGUGCUCGCGGGCCUCGCGCAGGUCGGGCAGGAUGCGCGUGUGCACGCGUGGCUCGCGCAGCUGCAUGCGAGGAGCGCGCGGGGCCGCGCGCUCGAGCAGUACGAGGCGGCGCUGCGCCUCUGUGCGCCGGGCACGGCCGCGGCGUCCCUCGCGCCGGCGCUGCAGCUCAACGUCGGCGCGCUGCUGGUGCACGAGGCGGACGCGGCCGCGGUGCGCCGCGGCCUCACGCACCUGGCCGAGGCGCAGGCGGCGCCGGGCGACGACGAGGCGGGUGCCGCCGUGCGUGUGCUGGCGAGCUACAAUGUCGGCCGCGCACACGAGGCGCUCGGCGACGCGGCCGAGGCGCGGCGCGUGUACACCGAGCUCCUGGACGCGCACCCGGCGUAUGCGGAUGCGCGUGUGCGCCUCGCGGUGCUCGCCGCGCAAGUGCCGCAGGACGUGCGCGUCGCGGACGAGGGCACAGGGCAGGUGCGCACGGCGCGCGACGUCGCCAAUGCGCGGUUCAAGGAGGCGCUGACGUGCGAGCCGGGCGAUCUGAGUGUGCGUGCCGAGUACAUGCGCUUCCUCGCGGGCGCGUACCCCGCGAACCGGCAGGCCGCGUGGGCCGCGCUCAAGGACACCGCGGCGCAGCUGUUCCUGGGCGCCGAGGCGGGCAAGAGCGUGUUCGGCAGUGCGAGCAUUGCGCGCCGCGCCGCGGAAGAGGCGCGGCACGACGCCUAUGUGCUGGGCACGCUCGGCUGGGCCUACUACCAGCUCGGCCUGCAUGCGCCGGCCGGACCGCAGCAGCGCGCGGAGCGUGCGAAGAGCAUGCUGCGUGCGGCGGACCUGUUCGACAAGGCGCUGGGUGCGAACGCGCAGGAUGUGUUUGCGGCGCAGGGCCUGGCGAUCCUGCUGGCCGACGACGCGCUGGGCGACCCGAACGCGGCGCCGGACGCCAUCGAGGCGCGGCGCAAGGCGGCGGCCGAGGACGCGGCGGCCCUGUUUGGCAAGCUGCGCGAGGUGCGCGACGACGCGAGUGUGUACGUGUGCCAGGGGCACGCGCUCAUGCUGUGUGGUGCCCUGGAGCGUGCGGCGCAUGUGUAUGAGCUGGCGCUCACGCGGCGCGGCGGCGCGCGUGAUCCGGCGGUGCUGCAGUACUCGGCGCGCGCGCUGUACGCGCUGGGGCUGCGGGACCGGCACUUUGCGCACCUGCAGCUCGCGAUGCAGCAGCUCGCUGCCGCGGACGAGACGCUCGCGGCGCGCGGCCCGGCGGAGGGCACGAGCGCUGUGGCGCUCGAGCGCAAGCAGCUCGCGUACAACCGCGCGGUCAUGGCGCAGAAGGCGCUGCAGAUGCUGUACGACCUGCCGGUCGAGCAGCGGUCAUCGGCGGACCUCGCGGUCGCGAUCGAGUGGGUCGAGAGCGCGCAGGCGGCGCUCCCGCCGCUCGUCGAGGCGGCGCAGCAGGGGCAGCUGCUGUACAUUACCGCGGACGCCGUGGAGCAGCGCGCCAAGUAUGCGGAGGUGUCGCUCCUGCGGCAGGCGCCGGCGCAGCUGGAGGAGACGCGCACGCACGAGGCGGAGCACGCGGCGCAGCUCCAGCGCCUCGACGAGAAGCAGCGCGAGAAGGAGGCGCAGCUCGCGCAGCGGCAGCGCGAGAAGGAAGAGGAGCACCGCCGCCGCGCCGAGGCGCUGGCCGAGUCGCGUCGCCGUGCGCGCGAGGAGGCGCUGCAGAUCGAGUACGUGCAGGAGCCGGAGCCGGAGCCGAAGAAGCGCGCGCCGCGGAAGAAGAAGGACGACUUUGUCGCGCGCGACGACGAGGCGCUCUUCGCGGAGAGCGACGAGGAGCCGGAGGCGCCCGCCGAGGCUGCGGACGAUGCCUCCCCGGCGGCGGCGCCCGAGCCGAUGGAGACCGAGGCGCCCGACGACCUGUUUGACGAGUCGGACGACGAGGCGCCCGCGCCGAACUCGAUGCGCGCGCGCCUCGAGGCGCUCGCGCGCGAGCGUCAGCAGCGGCACACAGAGUCGGCGCGGCCCAAGAAGCGGCCGACCGACAAGGCGGCGCGCCGCGACGCCAAAAAGGCGAAAACCGAGGCAUAG